CCAAUGCAAUAAAGUUAUACGGUGUCUAUUUUUCAUUGAAAAAGGGGUAUUUCCAUGGGUUUGCCUAAAAAAAAUGUUCUUGUGAUAGGCCCUUUUCCUGCCAAAUGGCCCAAAACAAACAGCAACGGGCAGCCAUCGAAACUCAAGUCCGGUCAUAGUGGGCCGUGGUUGAACUGGUUAGGUUUAAGGGUUGAGCGUAUGAUAAAGCGUUUGACAUGGCAUAACAUGUAGAGGGUCAAACAAAAUGGAGAAGGACGAAGCAACUAUGAGGCAGUGGUUAUUGGGCUCAAGCUGGCAAUUCUCCUUCCUCUCCACCCCCCCCCAAAAAAAAAAACCUCUCAAGCCAGCGACAAAAUAUGGCCCCGUUCAAGUUACAGCAUUCAACAGUAUUAGCCAAGGCAUCUUAUUCACAACAACUGAAGCAUCAGAAUACAAAAGAGACGAAGAAAAUGAAAUCCAGCAUGAGACAGUUACAAGCAGAAAUGAGAGAAAUAAGUGAGGAACAGAAAAGCAUUAGAGAGGGACAAAGGCAAGUUAAGGAAAAAUUUAAGGCAAUAGAAUCUGAAUGCCAGAAGCUACACCAGGAGACUAAACUCAUCACGCAGAAGAGUGCCAUUUCCCGUGACCGCCUUACUCUCAUGUUUCAAAUUCUAAAAGCACGACAAAAUAAUGAUUUCCCCACUGCCACCGCCCUCACUCAGGCGCUCCGAGCGAAGACAGAACAAUUUGAUAAAACAAGAGCUACUGCGCUUAAAUCAUGGACGAAACAGGUAAUGAGGAAGGAUGAACUCAAGGCCAAAUCAUUACUGUUGGACACAAUUUAUGCUCCUAGUACAAUUACUAAAAUGAAUUCCAUUACCCAUUCCUCGAAUUUAAGAAAGUAAAAACGAGCAUUUGGCCAUUUUUUAAGCAGACUGUUGACAUAAAUUUGAUUUCUCUGUUUUUAUGUGUGUUUCAGUGACCAUAUAGGGAUGCAGAGCCAGCACAAAUGAGCUAGCUUUAAAGGAGAGUUGCUGUUGCGUUUAAGUGGUUAUUGGAUGGGCAAGAGCUGUCCAGCCAUGUUUGGUUAAUAAAGUAUUUCCCUUUUUUUUUUCCUUUUUUUUUCCCCUGAAUAAGUUUGGACUUUCACGUGUUCCCUGCUCUGUAAAAAGGAGUUCUUGACGUUCUGUAAUGUGAAAAUCACUUGGCCUUGUUAGCUGUUUUAUUUUUCCUUUUUGUUUUCUAUUAAAUGACUUGGAUUGUU